ACACUGUCCAUUUUUAAUCAUAUGUCGUAUGCUUGAAAUCACGUUUAAACGAGAUUAUGUCAUUAUACAUCUUGUACCGUAGUCGCAGCAGUGAAGUUCGAUGCAUAGGACAUCGAAUCCAAAAAUUUUAAUUUUAAAAGAUCUUGCAAAUGAUUUGAAGAACUUUAAAGCGUAUGAAAGUUAGUGUGUCAUAUUGAAUUCCCAAAGAUUUGGUCAAGUGACCAUGACAAUUGUAAUGAAAGGGGGUCAAUCUGGGGGAGAUGCCCCUCAAGACACUCCAUCACACCAAGGAACAAGCCAGGUUUCCCCCUCAGCCUCCCAGAGCACUGCUGGACCGCAGACAACUGCAGCACAGAUGAUGGCAGAAGAAGUAGCUCCAGCAGAUGUGUCCAUUGAUUUGGUGGAAUUAAGAGAUGACCAAGAGCCAGACUUUCCUGUGGUAGAGUUGGGACGACUGGAUGAAAUGAUUAAUAGACCUAGAUGGGUGGUUCCUGUACUGCCAAAGGGAGAACUAGAGGUUUUAUUGGACACUACCAUUAAGCUCUGUAAAGAAGGUUUAGAUACAAGAAGUGAACCUUGCCAAAGAUUCUUUAGAGAAGGAUUAACAAUAUCAUUCACAAAAAUAAUGACUGAUGAGGCAGUUAGUGGCUGGAAGUAUGAAAUCCAUCGAUGUAUACUGAAAAACGCAGAAAAGCUGAUUGAAUUGGUUGUCACAAAACUGUCUCAAGACUGGUUUCCUUUACUGGAACUGUUAGCUAUGGUUUUGAAUCCACAUUGCAAGUUUCAUAUAUACAAUGGAAGCCGCACAUCAGAAAGUGUUCAGGCUGGUACUGAAAAUGUGGAGGGUGUGUGUGCUCUUCCCCCUGAUCCUAGGAAUCCUAAAGGAUGGCUGGUGGACCUGGUAAAUAAGUUUGGAAAGUUGGGUGGAUUUCAGAUUUUGCUGGACAGAUUUAAAGAUGGUCCUCAGCUCUCUGUGCCAGUUGUAGCAGCAUUAAUUAAACCAUUUGGUCAGUGUGCUGAGGUUCUCACUCCCCAGACCGUGGAACAAUACUUCUUACCUAUUGUUGAAGUAGUUCCAAAAUUUCUGAAUGAAUUAACAGAUGAGGAGCUGAAAAAGGAAUCAAAAAAUGAAGCCAAAAAUGAUGCACUGUCAUCUAUCAUCAAAGGACUGAAGCAGCUCGUAAAUAGACUACCAAAUCAAGAUGAUACUAUAAAAAGCCUGGAGGGUUUCAGGCUCAAAAUGAUUCUUAGGUUACUACAAAUCUCUUCCUUCAAUGGGAAGAUGAAUGCCUUGAAUGAAGUUAACAAGGUCAUUUCUAAUGUCUCGUUCCAAUCCAGUCGUCACUCCCAGAUGGAAGAGGAUGAGUGGCUUACAGCAGACAAAAUGGCUGAAUGGAUUCAGAAAAAUGGAGUAUUGACCAUUGUUUUACGAGACAGUCUCCACCAACCCCAGUAUGUGGAGAAAUUGGAGAAGAUACUAAGAUUUAUGAUCAAGGAGAAAGCCUUGACCUCAGACGACCUUGACAAACUCUGGGAAGCACAGUCAGGGAAACAUGAUGCCAUAGUGAAGAAUGUGCAUGACCUGCUGGCAAAACUAGCAUGGGAUUUCUCACCAGAACAGCUAGAUCACCUCUUUGAGUGUUUUCAGGUGAGCUGGACUCAUGCAUCAAAGAAGCAGAGAGAGAAAUUGCUGGAGCUGAUACGCAGAUUGGCAGAGGAUGACAAAGAAGGGGUCAUGGCACAUAAGGUCCUGGGGUUAUUGUGGAACUUGGCACACAGUGAAGAUGUUCCAACAGAAAUUAUGGAUCAGGCUCUGACUGCCCAUAUCAAAAUCCUAGACUACAGUUGCUCUCAGGACCGUGAUGCCCAGAAGAUGACCUGGAUAACAAAAUUUGUGGAAGAGUUGAAAAAUGACAAAUGGGUUUUGCCAGCAUUAAAGCAAAUUCGUGAAAUUUGUCAGCUAUUUCCAGAGUCUCCACAGAAUUUUCCCCAUGCCCCUCAGAGAGCCUCUCAUGUAUACUAUCGCAACACUGUUAUAGCACAGCUUCAGAGUAACCAUUCCAUAGUCAUGUUAGUGGCUACAAAUCUCUCCAAUUACAUGAAGAAAGCCAGAGAACUGGCCAGAGAUCACCCAGCACUAGAUUCCAGCAAUAUUUUACCAGAUGGAAGAUUUAAUCAUGUACAACAAAUACAGGAACGGCUCAGGUUUUUAAGGUUUUUGCUAAAAGAUGGUCAGCUAUGGUUAUGUGAAUCUCAAGCAAGACAGAUAUGGCAAUGCCUAGCAGAGAGUGCAAUUUAUCCCUCAGACAGAGAAUCUUGUUUUAAAUGGUUUGCUAAGUUGAUGGGAGAAGAACCAGACUUGGAUCCAGAAAUAACAAAAGAUUUUUUUGAGCAAAACAUUUUACAACUUGACCCAAGUCUGUUGACAGAAAAUGGAAUGAAUUGCUUUGAGAGAUUUUUCAAGCAUGUGAAUCAAAAAGAGAACAAAAUUAUUGCCAAGAGAAGAGGAGGUCAUCUGAUGGAUGACCUUGAACUCAUUGGAAUGGAUUACAUGUGGAGGGUUGUGUUGUUAAGCCCUGAUGAUGUAGCAAACAAGGCAAUCAUCUUACUGAAAGACAUUUAUACAAACCUGGGACCUCGUUUACAACAAAAUCAGGUAGAAAUCCAUGAUGAUUUCAUACAGUCGUGUGUGGACCGACUAAAGGCCCUGUAUGACACCGUCAGUGUGCUGGAGAAGGACAAAGAUAGUACAAAUAGAGUGAUGCAGGAGACCACCAGGAUGGUACGAGUGUUGACAGUGCUCCGGGAAUACGUGGCAGAGUGUGAUGAGGCCUACACAGAGGAACGAUCUAUUCUCCCACUCAGCAGGGCAUGUCGAGGAAAAUUAGUGACUUUAAUAAUAAGGUUUCCUAGUCAAGGACGUCAGAUGGAUGAUAUAGACAUUUGGUCUCAUACUAAUGAUACUAUUGGACAAGUCCGUAGACAGGUGCUGUGUAAAAUUAAAGCCAGUAGCAAUAUUAAAAUGGACUUGUAUGCAAAUGGUGAACUUCUUGAUCCAGUGGAGGACAAGAGACUUAUUUCUCAAAUUCCGUUACGAGAAAAAUCACUGAUAACAGCCAAGUUGAUACAAGUGGGAAGCAACAUGCCGUCUAGUCCUGACAGCAGUUCAGAUAGUUCUGCUGGUUCCCCUCAUCACACAUUUGAUGGUCCUAAUAUAGAGGCAGAAAACUGUUUACCAGGGGUGAUAAUAGCAAAUAAUUACCGAUAUACCCAGUUUCUGUUUCAACUGUCGGAUCUGGGCUGCCAGCUACAGGUACCCAGGCUCCGAGAUACUGCCAGAGCCGUAUUAAAGCUCAUGCCAGCUGAUGUUCAUACAAUAGACCAGCUGAAGUCUGUAUGUGCUGAACACAGCCGAGGAGAGACUACAUACUCUCAUGAUUUGGAGGCUAUGUUUUUUACCCCUUCAGCAACUCAAGCUCUGUAUAAUAUUGAGGUUGCAUACAGUUUGUUAAUGCCAGCAACUGAAACAACAUCAGAUGAUGCAUUUGAAUUCCAAUUUAACUUUGUGAAAAAUGGAGGUGUUCAAUUAGCGAUGAAUAUGUUAACCAAAAACAACUUUCUACCCUCAGCUGAUUUACCAACUAGAAGGGCGGCGUAUAUUACAGUGAUGAAGAUCUGUAAGCUCAUGCUUACCACUGUCAGUCAUGCCAAAUUUCAAGUGGUGGUAGAGGCAUGCAGUGCAGAUCCACAGUCUCCAAACAUCACUCAAGCAGAACACAGUCACGCCCUAAUUCUUCAGCAGGCCCUACAAUUUAUACCUAACCCGGGGGCAGAGGUCAUGACAAGGAUGGUCGGAUUAAGGCUGGGUCAACAGUUGCUUGACCAGGAGAUGUAUACUGAGGCUGCCAAGUUUGCCCCAGAUAUGUCUGUGAUAAAAGCCAUACAGAGGAUUGCCUGGGCUUCCAGCAGCAGUUCUCUACAUUUAGUCCAUGCCACUAAUGAGGAAAUCCACAAAGCACUUGAGAAGAGACAGGAUCAUGUCGAGAUGGAGGAUCUGACUGUGGCGAGGGAAUCCCUGGAAGUCCUGACGGUCUGUCUGAUGUUGUGUCCGCCCGCCCUGGAGGCCCUGAACAAGGACAAAUCAUGGCAAACAUUUAUCAAGGAUCUUUUACUGCACUGUAAAAACAGACCUGUCCGAGUUGCUGCUGCAGAACAAUUCUGUUUGAUGGCCACUCGAUGUUGUGGGGGAACACGCCCAAUGGUUUUCUUCAUCACCCUUCUCUUCUGUGAACUUAGUGAAACUGUGAAGGAGAAUGCAAAGCAAGCCCAUGAAUACUUUAAUUUAUUGUGGAAAUUGCUAAAUUAUGCGUCAGCCUCGGAGGUCAAGCUACCAAAUGCUGAAAAACAGUUAAAUAAUGAAAUACAGUGGAUAAAAAAAACAAAAGAUCACGUUAUUAACUCAGAGGAAGUGAUAGUAGAGGAUGCGCUGUUAGAAGGGCACCUGGGAAUUACUCGUGAAUUGUUAGCAUUCCAGUCACCGGAAAAGAAGUUUCACAUCGGGUCUGAAAAGGGAGGAUCCAAUCUCAUAAAGGAACUGGUAGAAGAUUUUCUCUUUCCUGCAUCAAAGAUAGUUUUACAGAGCAGAAAGACAGGUGGUGAAUUUCCGUUAGUGACCGCUGUUCCUGUGUGUGCCAUGCCCCCGACUGUGAUAGCUGCCUUUGAUCUUUUAGUUGCACUCUGUACAAAUUGUGUGCCAAACUUAAAGUGUGUAGCUCACAUGCUGUUAGAGAUGUUUUAUCAUGGUGAGCCCCCGUUAACUGAAUGGGAAUACCUACCCCCAGUUGGUCCUAGGCCACUGAAAGGUUUUGUGGGCUUGAAAAAUGCAGGAGCAACAUGUUACAUGAAUUCAGUGUUACAACAACUCUUCAUGAUUGAAGAAAUCCGUAAUGGGAUUCUGUCAGUAGAGGGAGUUGCUGAAGAUGUGAUUGAUGAAGAGUAUGGAGAAGAGAAAACAGAGAAUGAAUCCAAUGUUGACAUGGGUGAGGAGGAAAGAAAAGAUGAAGAGAAGCCUGUGGCUAUCAACAGAGAUGAGGAGAGGAAGGAGUACAAUCUCGGGGUUCUCAAGAGGAUACAGCUCAUCUUUGGUCAUCUAGCGUCAAGCAAACUUCAGUACUAUGUGCCAAAGGGGUUUUGGAAACAUUUUAAGUUAUGGGGAGAACCUGUCAAUUUAAGGGAACAGCAUGAUGCACUAGAGUUUUUCAACAGUUUAGUAGAUAGUUUGGAUGAGUCGUUAAAAGCUCUGGGACAACCACCAGUCCUGUCAAAGGUCAUGGGAGGAUCAUUUGCAGACCAGAAAAUUUGCAAAGAUUGUCCUCACAGGUACCAAAGAGAGGAGCCCUUCACUACACUGAAUGUAGAUAUCCGUAAUCACCAGAACCUGCUGGAGUCUCUGGAACAGUAUGUUAAGGGUGACCUUCUAGAGGCUGCUAAUGCUUAUCAUUGUGAAAAGUGCAACAAGAAGGUUGACACGGUGAAGAGAUUAGUCAUUAAAAAGCUUCCCAAAGUUUUAGCAAUUCAACUAAAGAGAUUUGAUUAUGACUGGGAAAGAGAAAGUGCUAUAAAGUUCAAUGAUUAUUUCGAAUUUCCGAGAGAAUUUGACAUGGAACCUUACACUGUACAAGGACUUGCAAAAAUUGAAGGUGAAAUCAUAGACGAUGACAUAGAGAACAAAGAACAGAGCACAAAGUACAAGUUGUUUGGAGUUGUAGUACACAGUGGACAAGCCAGUGGGGGACAUUACUAUUCCUAUAUCUUUCACAGAGAGGACAAUCAACCCAAGUGGUACAAGUUUGAUGAUGGUGAUGUUACAGAAUGUAAAAUGGAAGAUGAUGAGGAGAUGAAAAACCAGUGUUUUGGAGGAGAAUACCUCGGAGAAGUGUUUGAUCACAUGCUGAAAAGAAUGGCAUACAGACGACAAAAGAGAUGGUGGAAUGCAUACAUACUUUUCUACGAGCGACAGGAUGAGAGAGACGAGAAGGAUAUCUACAAAACCCUCCAGGACUUAUCGAUAGUAAACAAGCCUUCCCAAAUUAAAAUGCCAAGCUGUAUAGAAAAGUGUGUACGGAAGCAGAACAUCAUGUUUAUGCAUGAGAGGAGUCAGUUCUGCCCCGAGUACUUUCAAUUUAUGAAAAAAUUACUCAACUGUAAUCCAGUGUUUACUCACGGAACACAGGAUAAACUUUCACAAGAUAUGGAGAAUCUAGCAAUGAUAAGCACAGAGCUGGCAUCGAAGUUCCUGUUCAGUGUGGGAUUUCACACCAAAAAAACCUUAAGGGGUGCAGCGAAUGAGUGGUAUGAAGCGUUAAACUGUCACCUAAGGUCCAGUAAAAAGGUCAGGAAUUGGUUUGCGCAUAAUGUGUUGUUCUCCCACACGAACCGAUUUGCAGAGUAUUUACUGGAGUGCCCUUCAUCAGAGGUUAGGAAUGCCUUUUCAAAGAUCAUUGUUUGUUUAGCACAUUUUGCCCUGAAGGAUGGACCGUGUCCGCCACCUCUGGUUCAAGGUCUCUAUGGUCCAGGACAGCAAGCAGAUCCCAAUGCGACACUGAGUGACCACUUACUGCUAGCCGUCCUGCAGUUACUGAGGAAGGAAGUAUCCGACCAUGGUCGCCAUCUACAGCAGUACUUCCACCUCUUCCUCAUGUAUGCCAAUCUUGGGGAACAGGAGAAAGUACAGCUGCUGAAGCUGAAUGUGCCGUCCUUGUUUAUGCUGGUAGCAUUAGAUGAGGGUCCUGGACCUCCCAUAAAAUACCAGUAUGCUGAGCUGAAUCGACUGUAUUCUGUAGUCUCAGUUCUGGUGCGAUGCUGUGAUGUUUCAUCCCGAUGUCUUUCAUCGAAUCAAGGGGAUCCUCCUAAAUCAAACCCAUACGGAGAUCCCUCAAUUAGCCAGCCUCUGAUGCCGCUCCAGCCCCAAGUGGCAGAUCUUCUGUACGGCAAAACAGGAUAUGUCAAGAAGCUGAUAGAAGAUUGCAACAAUUCUGAGGACACUUGUAAACUUUUAAGGUUCUGUAGCUGGGAAAAUCCUCAUUUCUCAUCCACUGUUCUGAGCGAACUCCUAUGGCAGGUGGCCUAUUCUUACACCUAUGAGUUAAGACCUUACUUAGAUCUGUUGCUGCAGAUGUUGUUGUUAGAGGAUUCCUGGCAGAAUCACAGAAUCCAUAAUGCUCUCAAAGGAAUACCGGAUGAUAGAGAUGGUUUGUUUGAUACCAUUCAACGAUCCAAAAAUCACUAUCAGAAGCGAGCCUACCAAUGUAUCAAAAUGAUGGUGUCUUUAUUUACUCUCUGUGCACCUGCUACAGAGAUGUUGCAGAGCAAUGGUGAUGUGAAAAGAAAAUGGAGCUGGGCAGUGGAAUGGUUGAAUGACGAGCUGGAGCGCCGACCUUACCCGGGAAAUGCCCAGUAUACCUACAACAACUGGUCCCCACCAGCCCAGUCAAAUGAGACUUCUAAUGGCUAUUUCUUGGAGAGGUCUCACAGUGCUAGAGUGACCUUGUCAAAAGCCUAUGAACUUUGUCCAGAUGAGGAACCUGAUGAUGCUGAGCUGUCAGAUGAACAAGAAACACCACCCUCGGAUGAAAAUCCACCUGGUUACCAAGCCAAGAAAUCUCCACAACAAGGGACAUCAAGCAAAUCAGAAAUGGGCACCAGUCAACAGAAACAAGAUGGAUCCACCAAUCAACAGUUUCAGAACAAUCAUAUGAACUCUUCCCAUAAUUCACAGCAGCCAGUUGUCCCACAUGAUCAGAUUGUCAAUCAGUUAAACAACCAGAACAACUCCCAGACAGGAGAGAAUCCUGAUACUGGGGAGGAGGAAAACAAGACAAACAAGGACUGAGUCCCCUCUGACAGUGUUAGAGGAGACGCUUGUCUUGUAAAGUGUACAAAGACUUAGUGUUUAUGAUAUAUUUAUAAAAUUUGUUAAACAGACAUCAUUGGACCUUGCAGAAGUGGUCAUAUACAACAGGUGGCCAUUGAUUCCUGACUGUGCAUAAGAGAGCCUCUUCAAGUCAUUGUGGAAACCCAAGUUGAGAUUUUAUGCUCGUUUUCUUGGCCAGUGUAAAUCAAAGAUGCAUGUCUUUAGGGAUUUCAUUCAUUUUCAGAUCAAAACUCAAAAGUCCCCUUUACUGUUUGGAUACAUUGAAUGAUGGCCAAAUUUUUAUUUCCUGGACUUCUUGAUGCUUGUGUGAAAAAUUAUUUUAUCAUUAUGAUAUUGAGAAUCUGAUGGUGGAAAUGGACAUGAAGUGGCCUCUUAAGGAGAUGGCUGCAUAGACAGAUUUAACUAUGCUUUAUUAAAUUUUGAACUGUUUGAUUCUUUAAUUGCUUUUAUUACAAUUCUUUCUCCUCUUAUUAAAGCAUGUCACUGCCAAAUAAAGGCAGAGUUUUAAGUUUGUUUUUGGAUUUUUCAGUACUUCUUAUCGUAACAGGAUACUGAAUUAACUCGCAUUCAUUACUGUCAUGUGACAAGCAAUUCUGUAUUAGGAGACUGAAAUCCAGCUUUUCCAAGUAUAGCAGGCUAUAAUACAAGAAAUCCAGCAACUGUUUGAAAUAUCUUGUUGUGUUAUAGCAGCAUUGUGAAAAGUGUGAUGCAGACAAUGUAGAGAGUUGUAAAGUCAUGUCUGAAUUUUUACUUUCUGUUAACCAUUGAUUGGAUUAUUGUAAUACCAAGUUACCAUGUGUUGGUUCAAUGUUAAGAAAGUUGUAUAUUCAGAACUAGUUGAUUGCACAUGUGUUGUACAGUUGUUUAUAAACAGGUUGAAAUCAUAAGCUGUAGAUUCACUCCAGUGUAUAUUCCCCUCGAGAUAGAAGUGGGUUUUCUCUCCUAAGAUAUGAAAUAGUCAACCUAACUGUCAGUACUACAGAAACAUUGGUAAUCAUAUGCAUCAGGAAUACUAUAUCAUUAUGUGUACUUAUUUUAGUGGAUUUGAAAUUCAGUGCAAUCAGAGCUUGUGCACACAAUUUGACAAAAAUCAUGAAUUGGUCCUUCUCUGGAUAAGUAAACAAUUUCUCAUUGUAGCACAACUAUGAAUUGUCACUUUUGUUUCAGCACUAAAUCCUGCUAUAAUAAGCAGUAUGUAUACAUCUUUGACUUGAUCUGGAAGAAUAAAAUGCUCCGGUGUUGAAGUAUUUAAUUGGAGUUACCUCUCUUUUAUGACUGAACACAAUGUAAAAUAAUUGAGUUAAGUAAAGAUGUGAUUAUUUAUUUUACAGGUCAACACAACUGACUUCCAUUGGAAGCAUUGCAAGUCUGCAAUGAUUUUGCCAAUUUUUUUUUGGCCAUAUGACAUAUUUAUUAUGCUGUCUAUAGAGUGUCAUUAGAAAUGACAUAUUGUCAUGGAAACUGUAUAGGAAAACACAGCAAUUGUGAUAUUUUGUAUCUACAGAUAGUAGCUUGACCAGUCCUGGCGUUAUUUGUGUGGGUCUAUAGAGAGCUCAUUGUGUAUGUGUUUUAUUAUCAGCCUUGUUUUAGGUACAUCACUCAACACAAUGCCAUUCUUGUCAUGUGUAUGUGUUGACAUAUGAAUGUGGAGUAGAUAAUAUUGAGAGAGUACUAGAUUUAGCAGGUAUUAAGUAGUACUGUGCUAAAAUCUUAAUAUUACCGAGUGUCAAAGGUAUGUUUUACCUGAUAUUUGUUACACCACUGUUUUAUGUCAUUGCUGUAUAUAAAUCUGUAUAUAUAGAGGUCGAGUACAUGUAUUUUAACUUACACACUGUUCAUAUGUUUUGACAUGUUCUUCAUUGAGCCUUUUGGUAACACAAUAAAAUGUCAAUUUUUCCCCGAUUCUGUUUGCAAGUCCAGCAUCAUUGUUCUUGUGAAUUCUUUAUUGAAUUUUACAUGAGUUCAGUAUACAUGUAAAAGUAUUGCAGUUCUUAUCAGUUUUUCAAUGAAGAAAAUGUUGAAUACGACCUAGGUAUUUGAUAUUGUUGCUUAAAUUAUUUUUAUUGUGGAUACAACUUGUGUUGAUGUCUUUGACAUUGUUUAAACAAAUUCAUAAUAAAAUUGUUCACAGAAGACA